AUGGAACCGUAUGAAGAAGACUCUGAUGGUAAUCAUUUUACGUUUCUGGCUUUGCGAUUAAUAAUCACGUGGUUUUAUUUUAUCGUUGUUAAAUACUGUUAUUUUUUGAAUACCUAGACGAAGAAUAUAAACAGUUGCUUGAGUCUACAAGAAAAGGUUUGCCAAAUUUGCGAAAGGUAAUUGAUGAGUGGGAAUAUUUAAAUAUUCAGAAGCAACAAGUAGAAAAGUUAGAAGCUUUGUAUAAUAUGCUGGAUUCAAAAAAGUAAGUUACUUUGUUAUUUAUGUCUGCGUUUAACAUUUUUAAAUUCUUCAAAAUAAACCCUGCCCACUUUUCUUGAAUUUUACGAAUGAUGUUUGUAGUGAAGCGAGUAUAGAAAUUGAUGGCGUUAUUACAUGUGAACAAUUGUACAUCCAUGAUAUUAAGUGGUAUUUACGCCUUAAAUUGUAUUAUUGUUUUUUUUGCUCCCGUGUUUUUGAAUUUAGAAUCAUUUGAUUGUUAUUGGUGGGAAUUAUUACCAAUCAGACUAGGUUGAAUUUAUUUUAUCCCAGUCAUGUAUAAAAUAUGAUUAAGUUAUAAAGUAUAAACGAAAUUGCAGUAUAAUUUAAUCGUUGGUCCAUGAAUCACAGGGUUGUUAAAUGACGCCAUUUAAUAAAUACGAUUAAUUAUGUUUACUAUAUACGCAGUGUGACCAACAUUCAAGUAUUUUUACAAUACAUUUUGUCAAAUGUGUACAACUUGUAAUUCACGAAAUUGGAAACUAUUUACGAGCUUAGAUUUAUAAGAUGCGCAACUAAAGCCUGUUAUCAACAAACUAUUCUUCCUGAAUAGUUACAUAAACGAUUGGUAAAUACAGCUUGAUAAGGUAUAAUAUCAGGUCGAUAAACUAUUACAUAAAUAUCUUUAUUGGUUAGGUAAAUUAUUAGUUAAAUCGAUAAAAAAUAAAAGUUGGUUUUUGCAACAGCCAAACACUAUCAAACCAAUUUAGGUGUUUUUGGUUUGAUAACUGUUUAGUUAUUGGUCGUUUAUGCAACCUGGCACUAGUGCGCUAAAAAUUAUAUAGACAAAUAACAACAACCAGAAGACAAAGGCUUCUUAUAUGACAUAUAUAGAUAUAUAGAUAUAUUAUAUUAGAAUAUUAUUGCUUUGGUUUUUACUUUUUUAAUGUUUGAGUUUGUUAAAAAAAAUUAAAAGUUUGGUUCGGGUUCUAAUUAAAUUUGAAGGUUGGACAUUAAAAAUCAGGGUUCGUAACAUCUUUAGUAUUUAUUAAUUCUGAUGUUAUUUAAUUUAAAUUUAUAAUUUAUCAAAGGACCAUUGAAUAGUGAAAGUAGAUUACACUUGCAAGUCACUAUAGGUAUUUAAUAUACCUAAAUUCAAAUUUACUCUAGUAUUAUUUUAACUCAUGCAUUCAUUAUGAUAUAAAUAAUAAAUACAUAUAUCUAUUUACUUGUGAUAUAAAUUAUCUAUCCCUAAUCAAAAGUUGCUACUGGUAGAAUUUUCUCCAGUGCUUACUUUUCAUGACCCAAAAUAUUUUACAAAAUCACAUCAGCCACAUUCAAGCUCCAGCUGCUGUUGGUCCAAUAACAAAAGAGUUUCAUAUAACAACUGAUAAAUGCUUGUUGUGUAUCCUAUGUAUCUUAUUUCGUGCUCUACUGUAGUGUGACUGGUGGCCAAUAAUCGAGAAUGUGAGCUUGUUGGUAUGUUCUUAGAAGCCUUACUGAUUAUUGUGCCACAGUAUAUUUUAAUUUCAUGAAACUAUAUAAUAUUACUUAAUUGAUAUUUCUUCAGUUUUAGAGUUGAAUAUAGGACAUGGGGACAUUUUAAGGGUGUCUUUACAAUGUAUAAAGAUAGUAUAUAUUAAAAUGGGCACGUAUAAAUUCACCCAAACAUAUUUUGCUACUAAAUUACUAUUUUAUUUAUUCUGAAAAAAAAAAAACUGUUCAUUUACAAAGCAAUGUGGAAGUUUUAAUUUUAUGUGAGGCAUAAAAUAUGAAUAAUAUUAAAUAAUAAUUUAAAUGUUGUUUGCUAUGCUUGUAUCUACGCGGUACAUUUUGGAUAUAUUACAAGAAUAAUUGUGUUUACAACUAAAUAUAUAGAUUAUCACUAGUAAAACCAUUCAGUAUUUUUAUAACAAAUUAAAUGCUUUACUUGUUUAUUCUUUCAUGUUCAAAUUAAAAACUAAUGUUAUUUUAAAAAAUUGAAUGACAAUUAUUUUAUCAAAUACAAUUUAAACAAUAAUUUAUUGAUAACUAUCAUGAAGCCGAACUUGUGAUCAUUUAUCCUAGUAUAUUUUAAUUUGGGUUUUGUUUAAUCAAAUCUUGGAUUAAAUUUCUUUCUACAUGUUUCAGAAUUUGUUUGGAUUUACCGUGUGAUUUAUGGUAAAUACUUGAUCAUUCUCUUAAUAGUUAAUAUUAUAUUUAAUUAUACACAUAAUUGAGUGGAAAUAAAAUUUAAAAUUCUAUUUUUUAAUUUUUUAUUGUAUUAAUUACUUAUUAUAUUAUUCUUUUUAAUAUAUUUAUGAAACUAAGUUUAUAUUAAUUCAUUUUUAAAAUCGGUGUUUAUAAUUUUAAGCACGAAGAAACACUGCUUGAAGUAAAGUCAUAAUAUAUAUACAGGGUGACUUUUUUUCAUGAGCCAGCAAUUACCUCAGGAUUUUAAAUGAAUUUGAUUUCUGUUUUUUCUUAUCAUUAUGGAAUUAUUUAAACCUUAUUUUAAAACCAUUUUUAAUUUUUUACCCUUACUUCAUAUACCUUAAAUAAGUGCAUACUUUUGAUUUUGAAAUAAGACCCCCAACCUCGCUUUUUGAAGACAGAUUUUAAUAGAGAAUAUUUUUCUGGAAAUUUUGUUUUGCAUAACAUUAAUAUUAAAUUUACCAUUUAAGAAUCAUAAAAGUUUAAAGUUUAGACCGUAUAAGUAGAGAAGGGUCAUAAAUAGGCAAAAUCACCCUUUAUAUAUAGUUAAAUAGAUCAAAUAAACAAACAUUUUUAUUUAUGAAAAUUUGUUUUUAUUAUUAAAUUCUAAUAAAAAUAUUGAAAUUUAAAUAAUUCACAUUCAAUUCUAUGUAAUUUUGAUAGUAGAGCCUAAUCUAGUUUGUUUUUAUACUUCUACAUAUGAUCAAGUAUACAACAUUUAAAUGUAAUAUAUUUCUGUUAUUCACUUGCUUAUUUAUUUUUGAUGCACAAUACUAAUUUUAGUAAAGAUUUAGUUAUGAUUACUUUUCCACUUUUAUUACAGAACUAAUCACUUUUUUAUUCUCUUCAGAUUUGUUGUAGAAUGUAACCUUUAAUUCCUUUUUUGGUCCCAAAAAUAAUUUUUUGGUUUGUUUACCUAAAUUAUUGAAAGUCUAUUGUGCAAAUUUAGUUAUGUAAUGUUUAAUUAAAAGAAACUGAAUGUGGUUAAACUUUUCACUAUAUAUUGUGUUUAAGGUGUUGGGUAUACUCAUUAUCUCGGAAAGUAUUAAUUUUUUUGAAAUAUAUUUUAUAGAAAAUAUAAGAAACAAGCAACUUUACAAUUUUACAUUUAUGUUGUUUUUGUCACUUCUAUUUUUGUGGGUAAAAUGUCCACCUACUUUUGAUUUUCAAAUGGCAACCUACUUUAAAAAUUCCAUAAAUAUAUGGAGUAUUAUUUAAAGUAAAUUGUGGUGUUGACAUUUUCUGUCAACCCAUUAACGAUAUAGUCCACCUUUAAGGCUCAUUUAUAUGUGAUGAGCAUUCGACCAAGCUCUGUCCCAUGUGAACUCAAGGAAUCAGUACUCAGCUCAGUAAUUAGAGCCAUUGGAACAAGUGAAUAGAAACCAUUUCUGUUCUCUAGACCAAACACUGUCUUGGCCGAGAAUUUGUGACAUGUAAACAAGGCUUUAAGUUUUGAUAAUUGGGAUAAAUUUUUCUUUUCACAAAAAAUUUUUCUGCAAAAUGAAGGCAUGUUAAAUAUAUUUUUAUACGAAAAUGGUUCUUUUGUUCUCCUUAAUUAAUUCCUGUAAAGUUAUAAUGUGCUUUAUGAUAUUUAUGUAUUUAAAUAAAAUUUGUUUUCUCUCCUUUAGGUUGUCAAAAACCAAAUUCAGAUCUUGUCAAAGUGUAAUGUGCAGUUUGUACAGUAAAUACCAUAAACUUCUUGCGGAAAAGGUAAGUUAUUUUAUUUUAAAAUAAAUUAAUUUUACCAUUUAGCAUUAUUCAUUAUUUAAGUAUAAAUUUAAUUUAGAUCUGAGUUUUAUGUAGUAAGCAAAAUUAUUUAAAUUAGAGAUGAACUGUUUGAAAAUUUUUUUUAAUCUCAAUUAUAUACUUUAUAUAUAUAUUACAUAAUGCUAAAUAUUUUUCAUGCUAAAACCAAAUCACAUUUUUUAUCAGGAGAAAUUGGAUGCCAAGAAUCGUAAUCAAUUGGAUGAAUGUGAAAACAAAACUAAGUACAUACUAAAUUUGUUAUACUAUUCAUAUGAUACUGAAUAUAUAUAAUUAAUUGUACUGCUUAUAUAUGUAUAUAUAUAUAUAUAUAUUUAUUUAUUUUUUUUUUGCAGGUCAUCAGAAAUUAAUGUGACAUUAAAUAAAGGUGAUUUAAAACUAGAUAGUUCUUCUGAAAUUUCUAAUAAUACGGUCACAUCAAGUAAUAUUGAAAAUUUGACUUGUAAUAAUCAAUUUAAGAGUAUUGAUAAUGAAUUUAAAAGAAAGAAUGCAGAAGUUAUUAAAAAUGAUGAGUCAUCUAGUAGCAAAAAUUUAAACAAUGAUGAUAUUCUACCUGAAUUUUCAGAUAGUCGGUUGCGGCUUAAUAAGCUUAUUGGUUUUGCAACGAAUGCUUCUAUAGAGAAACUUAAUAUAGCUGAUGAGUUUAUCUCAAGUGCAGAAAUUGCCAAACAAGUUUUUAAUGAAAUAAAUAAACAAAGUAAAAACACUGUUAUUUGUCAAAAUAUGUUGAAAGACAUCAAUAUGGAUGAAAUUGAUGUGAAUCAUGUGAAACAAGUUAUAGAAAGUAUUAAAAAUAUAAAUAUGGAGCCUGUUAAUCCUCCACCAUUACCAUCCAUAGAUCUAAAGGAUUUUGGUAAAACACAAUUUGAAUUAACUUCAUCUGGUGAACCAAAUAAUGAUAAUGUAAUUCAUGAAAAUUUACCAUUUUCGCCACACUCUCAACCACAGCCUAUUGUUAAUUCAGUACUAAGUAAGUCAUCAACUGUUCGUGAUAAAUUAAAUAGUGACAUAAAUGUAUUUCACAAAAUUGGUUCAUCAAGUGAUCCUAAACAAAAGUUUAUCACUGCAUUAAAACCAGGCACAUUAAUUGAUCUUGAAAAUUCAAAAGUGUCUCGGUCUUCAUUGAUUAUGGAAUCAAUAAGAUCAAAUGUUCCAUCAAAGGAGAAAAGUUCUGAUAAUAAACAAUUAAAACCUUAUCGUGAUCCAAGAUUUAGAAAUAAUUCUUUGUUGAAUACUGAAAAUAAUAAUCCAGGCCAAUCUCUUUUACAGAGCAGUGUUCAUCAAAUGAUACCUUCAAUGCCUGCCUUAAUUAAUAAUGCACCACAAUUAUCUCCGAAUAUAAACCUUUUACCUAAUCUUGGAUCUCAACAAAACUCAUUGUCUGUUUAUAAUGGGCAAACUAAUAACCAAAUUUCAUCAAGCUUUACUGAUAUACAGCCAUUUAUUAAUUUAUCUCCUACAGAACUAAACAAUACAUCAAAUCAAUCUCAAUUUAAAAAUUGCAGACCAUCAACUUUGAAUCACUAUAAAUCAAAUAAUGAUUUUAUUUCUUCCGAUGGCCAACAUUCUAUUCCUAAUUUAUUGCAUAUCAAUCCAACUAUCCAAAUUGAACCUAACAUGAAUAAUCGUGACCCAGCUUUACCAAAUACAUACAAAUGCAACAAUGAUUUAGUUGUUAAUAGAGAUCCAAGAUCAAUGAAAAUAAACAGAAAAAUACAAGAACCUCGAUAUCGGAACUUUAAAGAAUAUAGAGAAGCAAAAUAUGGUAAAGUGAAAUAUUCUAACUACAAUGAUCGAAAAAGCCAUAAUGAAAAGUAUGGUCAACGUACCUUUAAUUUGGAAAAUGAAAAAUUCAAAAAUUCAAAUAAAACAAUUGUCAGUGAAUCAACUACUAGUUUUAUUGUUAAAAAUGAUACAGAUAAAAUAAAAAACUUUAAAAUACCAAAAAUUAAACAUAAAGAAGAAUUGGGUAUUCAGAACUUGAAAAAUGAUAAAAAUGAGAAAGGCUUAGAAAUUGAAACAAUCAAAAAUAACUUUGAAAAAGAUUCUCUUACUGACACAGUUAAAGACAAUUCUAUGAAUACAACUUCUAUAACUGAAACAAUUAUAAAUAAUAAUGUAGAAAAAAAUUUGAAAAUUAGAACAAUUAAAGAUGAUGAUAAAAUAGAAUCAAAUACGGAUAAAAGUCAAAAAAUCAAUUCUGAGGAGUUGGUAAUAAAUAAUGAUAAUAAAGUCAAAUGUGGAAUAAUUGACGAUAAUGAUAAACAAGAAGUUAACGCUGAUAAAAGUAAAAAAAUCAAUCGUAAAAAGUCAAUUAUAAAUAUAGAUAAUAAGGAAAAAAAACAAAUUAAAAAUAAACAAUAUAUCAUUAAAGAGUGUAUUGAUGAGCCAACUAAAGCAAAAAAACCCAAAAAGUGUUCCAAAGAAAAAGAAUUUGAAAAAAUUGUUAAAGAAGCAGCAAGCUUAAAUUAUGAUACUUGUGGCCCAAGAACUAGAACAAGAAGUUCUCUAAAGAAAAUCGGAGAACCUCUAAAAAAGGUUAAGCUAAACAAAAAAAGUACAAUUUUGGAUGUAGGAGAAUGUAGUAAAAGUAUUGAACAUGUUGAAACUGGACAAGAUGUUAUAUCAUCUACAUCAAAAGAAUCAUCUGAAGUUUCUCCAGUUGAAGGGGAUUGUAAAAAUCUUGAAGAAAAUUUUGUUUCUUCUAAUGUGAUAAAUUCAACAGCUGAUAUGAAAGUUAAUCAACUAUUUCCCAAUUCUAUAAUUGAUUUGCAAAGCCCUGGAUUAUUGACUUUAAUUGAGAUACUUCAGGAUGAACAAAAAAGGUUAAAACUUCAAGAAUUUUUAAAUUCAACAGACCCAAAAAGUACCAAUGAUGAUAAACCUGUAAGUGAAAAUAUAUCACAUGAAGAAUUUUCUCAUUUUGAACAAAAAAAAAUGAAAAAAAAGAUGAAAAAGAAAAAAAAACGUAAAAGGGGUAAAACUUUUGUUGAUAAUUCAUUAAACAAUGAAGAAAGUAAUAAUGCAGUUUUGAAUAAAAUUUCAGAUAAUAGUUCUAACAAAGAAAGUAUAGUAAUUGAUAAUUCUAAUUCUGAAAUUGUUGAUAAUUCAUCAACUAGUCAAGGUAAAGUUAAAUUAAGUAAACGAAAAAAAUCUAAAGAAAAUUAUGGAAGUUUUGAAAUUAAAGAUAAAAACUUACCUAAUACAGAAUUGAAAGACUUAAAAAUUGUUCUUGCAAAAUAUGAUAAAAAUAAAACUUCUACUUCAGAAAUUUCAGUUCAGUUACAAACUCCAAGUGAACCUAAACAUAUAGAGGUGUCAAAAAAAGUUCAACGUAAAAAACCAAGUAUUUAUCCUCUGAGUAUAAAAGUAGCACGGGAAAAUGUCGCUAAUAAUAAACAAAAUAAUUUAGAUGAAAAUAAUCAAUUCAAAAUCAUACCUGAUAAUAAAAUUAUUUCUAAAGAAAAAGCUAACAAACAAAAUUGUAAAUCAAAAAACAAAAAAAUUAAAACUGAUACGGUUGAUGAAAAAGAGGUUCUCUCUGUUUUGGCAGAACCCCAAAAUAAGGAUUCUGUGGAGGAAAGUUCUACACCAGUGGAAUUACCACCUAUACAAGGUGAAAAUAGUAUAAUUGACCAAAGUUCAGAAAAAAUUACUCCAGUUCAAACCAAUAUUAACAAUAAAACUGAUACGAAAAAGACCAGACCCAAGAUGACUGAAUUGGAUAAACUUCAUGCUGAUAUUAGUGAAAUGUAUGAUUGUGAUGCUUUGUUAAAUGCUCCUAACAUUCGACAUUGUAGACAAAAUAAACAAAUUGAUUAUUGUCAUAAUAAUACUGUAGUUUCAUCCAAAAAAAAUAAACCUUCAACUAUUGAGCAAGUAGAUGAUCCAACUAAUAAGUUUAUUAAUAAUAAUAAAAUAUCAAAAACUAAAAAACAAACAAAGAAAUCAAAAUUAAAAACUAAAAAAAGAGUAUAUACAUAUAAAAAGUGUACCAAAAAAACAGUAGCACAUAAAACUUUUAAGUCUACAUUAUCAAAUAAAAAUGCUAAAAACCAUACAAAAACAAAAGAAAAGAUCAAUGUUAAAGUAUGCAAAAACAAUGAAUUAAAUAAGGAGUCUGAUAAUAAGGAAGAAACUAUUCAAGUGAAUAAUUUAAAAGUUUUAACACCAGAAGAUUUUAAGGACAAAUCAUAUUUUCAAACUGCUGAUAAUAAGUUGGAAUGCAAAUUAUGUAAUUAUAAUGAUGUAGGACUAAAAAUUGUUCGCCAUUAUAAAGAAGAACAUUCUGAGGAAGAAAUGUUACCAUCCAGGUUAUCUGUAGAAAGUGCUGAAAUAUUGAUAAAUGAAUCUGUAAAAGAAAAUUUUGGAUAUUUAAAUAUUAUAGAUUCAAAGCCAUUAAGGGAUGAAGUGCUUGUAAACACUACUUUUACAUGUGUUUUUUGCCACUCUAUCUUUUAUGAUAUUACAUGUUUCUAUGACCAUAUUACUUGUCACACUGGUGAAUAUAGAUAUAAUUGUAAAGUGUGCAAAGUAACUUACCCAAGUGUACUUGAGUUAGAAAAACAUAUAUUAGAGCAUUCUAAUUAUGAUAAAUCUGAAGGAAUUUUCCACCUAUUACAUUCAAAACCAGUUGGAAGUAAUACAAUUUUUGGAUAUUUAUGUCCGUUUUGUUAUUAUAUACAACUUGACUACCAAAGAAUAGUGAAUCAUAUGACACAAUGGCAUUUUGAUGAAGAUAAAAAGUUUAAUAGCUAUUGGACUAUCAUACGAGUUAAUAUGUCUAUUGGGGAUGAUGAUUACACAAAUUCCAUAAUAGAUUAUAGCAAUUUGGUUGGAUGUUUACCUCCUGUAUUAAAUAAUAAAUUUAUUUUAAAAUCUCCAACUCAAGAAACUAGUGUGUCAACACUUGUUGCACAAAAAAAAAAGGCAAUGAAAGAUGCAGAAUCUUCAGGGAUACCAUUAUGUAAUGAAGAUGAAGUUCAUUUGCCAAAAUUAAAUAUACAACAUUCUUCUCCAGUAGAUAUGAUUCCACGUAAGUAAUUAUUUUUAAUACAAACUAGAGAUAAUUUUUAUAAAAUUAAAUAUAUUAUUGUUUUAUUAGCUUAUAAUGAGGAAUUAAUUACCAUAACUGAUGAGCCUAUGAUUGAACAUCAAGAAUACACUUUAAAAUUUAACUCUUUAAAAUGCACAGUAGCUGGUUUAAGUUGUGAAGUCAUAAAUUCAAUAUUAUUGUACAAAUGUUCAGUAUCAAAAUGUCUAAAUAAUCAGUUUUCUACUGUUCUUUUAAAUGAACUUUUUAAGCACAUUCAUCUGAAUCAUCAACAUAUUGUUUGGGAUAGAAGGUGUGACAUGUGUCAACAAAAAUUUGAGAAGAUAAAUGAACAAUAUUUAUUAAAAGAUGCCUUAGAACAUAUCGUUUCACACCAUUUGGUUUUAAGAGAAAUCCAGCAACCUAAUAUAAUAUGUAUGUCAAGUUAAAUAUGUAUUAUUGAUAAUGUUAGUUUAUAAAAUAUUUAUAUUUUUAGCAAAUGUUCAAGUUAUGGAAAAAGGACAGAAUUCUCCAUCUAUAGACACAGUAAAAAGUAAAGAAAUGGAACCAAUUAGAGUCCAUAGUCCACUAAGAAUUCAAAGUCCAAUUAGAGUUAUUAGCCCACUAAGAAUUCGUAGUCCACUAAGAGUCCGUGAUGACUUGUUCUCAACAGCUGGUAAGUUCAAAUUGUGUUAUUAUAUCUUUUACAUAGUCAUUAUGAUUAUGUUUUUCUAAAUUAUAUAAAAUAUCGGAACCUAAGUCCAAUUACAACCAUACAUCUACACAAAUAAACUAACCUAACUAUAAUCAUUAGUUAAUUGGAGUGUGAUUUCUGUCUGUAUAAGAAUUGCAAAAAAUUAUUUUUUAUAGAUUUUAUAGAAAAUAAAAGAAUUAUAGUUAGGAUAUUACUAUAAGACUAAAAGAAACUCAUACCUUGUAGAGUGAUCUGAUUUGAAUGAUUAUUUUUUAGAAAAAUGCUGUUAUUCAUCAUUUAAAAAAAAAUAUAUUAUGUUAACAAUGAGACAUCAUGGAUAUUUUUCUCCAAAAAAAUUUGUUUUUUAUUGGUGUACCCUUAAUAAUUAUAUAAACUGAGUAUUAAUGAAUUGUUCAAUUAAUUAAUUUUAAUAAGACAUUUUUUUCCAAAUCACUUGAACCAGAAGUUGUAUGGACCACCUUAUCAUAUUUUUUUAUAUUAGUUUUUUAAACACAUUCAUAUUUUAAAUUAAAUGAAUAUCAUUAUAUUUUUUAGCACAAACAUUGUUGUGUAGUAACGUAUGUUUGUAUAGUAUGAUCGUAUUUAGGUAGGUAGUUUUUUUUGUGGUUAAACUCUAUCAGAAAUUUUUUCAAAAGUAUCAAUUAUUACUCUCAAGAUAAAUACCAAUAUUAUGUUGGUACAAAAAAUAAUGGAUGAUUUAAUUGAAUGAAAACCCCUCCCAAAAGUCUGAUCCAGCUAUUGCCUUGUCGUAUUAUAUAGACUCUAUACAAUAUCUAAUAUCAAUUUCUAAUAAUGAUUCUUAUAGCAUUUUAUUAAAAAUAAAACUAUAUAAUAUAAUAAAUACUUUUAAUUUUUUGUGUAUAAAAGACCUUUAAAUAAAAAUUUGAUAUUACUUUUGUUUGAUUUUAAAAUAUCAAUUUUUAAAAAAAAUUUAAUAUAUAAAAAUAAACAACUAUACUUCAUUGUGUAACAUUUAUGACUACAUUAUUCAAUAGUAGACUAUAAUAAUUAUGAUAAGCUAGAUAAAUAUAAUAGUUUAGUGUGAAAAAAACCAAAAAUACUAUAUGUAUUAAGAAGUACUUUAAAAAUAUAUAAAUUGUAGAUUUCAUCUCUUAUUUUACGAUUCAUAUACAACUUGCUUAUUGUAUCGAUUGUGUGGCAAAAUAAUUUGAGGGGAUUGGAAACAACAAGUUUCGGUCUGUCUUACACACGUGAGAUAUAGGAAUUUAGAUAGGUUUUAUUUCCAAUGUAUCAAUUGUUAUUGUUAUUAAAAUAAUAAAAAUUCUGAAAGCAGAUUUGAAUUUGUCGUUAAGUCUACUUAAAAUCGACUUCCUACUUUUUUGAUUUUGAUUUCUCAACAAUUAAAAUAUUCCAUUUUUCAAUUACUCUUUUAUCAGUAUGGCUUUUUUUAGAAUUUAAGGAGAUAAAUUUAAAAAGUGAGAAAGUCCAUGUCAAGUAGACUUCAUGAAAAAUUCAAAUCUGUUUCCAGAAUUCUUAUCGCUUCACUAGAUCAAUCGGUACGCUGGAAUUAAAACGCGUUUAAAUCCCUGUAUAUCACUUGCUACGUAAGACAAAGACAAAAACUCGUUGCUUCCAAUCCCUUAACUAUAAUAUGAAAUAGCUGUAGAUAGCGAAAAAUCUAUGGAGACUUUUUUUCCUAUUACCAUGAGCAACACAUAGACAGUGUAUAAUAAGAAUACAAAGUACAUAAUAGUUAAGAAUACAAUAAAGCUUAUUUGGGUAGCCAUAAAAGUAAAAACUAAAAUUGAUUGUACUGACUGAGUAUUCUAUGUAAGAAGUGAAUUGUAUUGUAAACUGUAAUCGAAUACGAAUAACAUGAAUAUCACAAUAAUUGUCCAUAACCAUCAAUUUUAUCAUUUACAAUUUAUAUAAUCAAAUAAAUCUAUCCAACUUGUUCAAUAAUAUACGCUUAUCUGCGAUAUUAUUUCUAACGCUUAUCAGUAUAAAUUCCUUCCCAUACCUUCGUUCGCUUAGAUAAUAUAUUAAUAAUGAGAGCUUCCCAGCAGCAGAGGUGUUUAGCGUUGUAAUACCACAGAUUAUUUUAUGGAUCAGAUGGUGCACUUACCGAUUUACUGAUAACAGUAACUUACUUCAAAGCAGUACAUCAUUUAAUUAUUGUUUAUAACAGUUUAGACCGGAGGAGUAGGGAAGGGUAAUAAAUUGCCCAUCUUAUUUAUCAUAGUCUUAUUUUCCUUAUUCGUGGUGACACUGAUCUGAGGUAAGUUUUAUUUGUUUACAUUUUUGAGAACUAUAUAGGCCAAAAUAAGGAUUGCACUUUCUGAUUUCAUAUAACUAUGAGAAUACAGUUACUCCGUGUGUUUCUCAAUAACUUCGAUCAUCAAUCAGAUGAACAAUCUGUUUCAUCUGAUUGAAUGUUAAGGAACACUGAUUUAUAUUGAAACGCAGAAUGCUCGACCACAUGAUCUAAACAAUUAUUUGAUAAUAGAUUUUAGCCUGAUUAUAUAUGAAUGUAUUAUAUUAUAUUGAAUUAGAUUAUAAUGAACGUAUUAAAAUUUAAAACUGAAGAAAUACGUUAUAGCUAAAUGUUGAUAACAACAAAUAAUUUUGUUGAUUGACGAUCCAAUGCAUCGAGAUAAUCUGAUAAGUAAUCAUAUUAAUCGAAUUUGGUGUUAUUUAUAAUAUUCCAUGUGUUCCUAAACUCAGCGGCUGACCAAUCCGCUGGAGGAAAAGUGAUCAAUCAGAUUGCUUUAUCAGUAAUCUGGCAUUUUGUGGAUGCCGGAAUAGUGUUUAAUCCUUAGAUCAUAUUAGUGUGGAUAGCAUGAUAAACGCGUACUACGAGUUGAAGACAUAUUUAACAAGUGCUAAAAGGACUGAUGUCUAUUGCACAUACGUAUCAGUACUCUUCGCAUAUUUAUCGUAUAAUCAUUAUAAUAUCCUACCAGGCAGUAAUGGUAGGUACGUCACACUUGAUUAUGUGAAUUCGACUAAUUGCUCGUGUUAUAAAUUUUGCGCAUGCGAAAAAUUCUUGAUUGCUUUAUCCUUUUAAUAUUAUUAUGAAAAUCAUUAACAUGUACUGGUAAUGGUUUUUAAAUUGAAAAUCGAAUAUCACAAUCUUAUUUAAAAGGUUUAACCGUUAAAAUAUUGUUGUUGUACAAUUUCCUAUAAUUAACUUAUAAAUUUUUUCUUUGCGUAAAUGUUUUAUUAAAAAAUGUGCAAUUAAAAUGCUAAACUUCAUAUUUAUUAAUAUAUUAUGCAGUAAUAUCGCAGAAUAUUAAAUACUAUAUUAAGCUAAAAUCCAAAAUGUAUUAAACUUGGACAAGUAAUAUAAUGUAAUAAAUUCAGGAAUAGGAUUUUAUAACAUUUGCGUCAGAGACGUCUUUGGGUCAAUUUCAUGGGAGAGGGCAAAUCAUUUUUACUCUUGAAUACCACCACUUAGGUCAGCAAAAACUUAAAACCUUCAUGUCUACAAAUAUAGUAAAACAGUACAAUUUAAAAGUUAAAUUUAUUUAUUUUAAGCAUCGUUUUGCAAGCUGUUUGAUCAAUAAUAUUUUCUAUAUUAAUGUUUUUAUUUCGAUUAAUAUUUAAAAGUGAUAAGUCAGUUAGUCUGCUCAAAUUUUUUUUUUUACCACAAAGUAUGAGUUUUUGUGAACAUCGUAUGAAAUUCUCAAGUAUUUCUGUUUGGUCUAACAAUUUUAUCCACACAGUACCUACAGGAGAAAAAUGAUGUACAAAACUUGCAAAAUUACAAUGAAUAUAAAUCGCUCAAAAAUUUUACCACGUUAAGAAAGGCAAAUAUAUGUUUUCUGUCUAAAUUUCAAGUCUACGAAUAGUUUUAAUUGAACUACAACAAACAAACAAAUUGAAAAUAAUAAAAGCAUAUUAUUUUUGUAAUUUUUCCCGUUUUUCUUACGUUUUAUUCUUGGGUUACCUGACUGUUUAGAAAAUCAAAAAAAUGAUCUUCCUAAAGUACCAUCUAGUCAAUUACCAUUUCAACCACAAAAUGGUGUUUCACUUACAUAUUGAUGUAAGAUUUCUGGUAGAAAUUUUUGUCACAUUAUAAAUUCUAUUAAUAGCUUCUUCACUACACUUAGAAUCUAAAAUUUAAAUUAAUCAUUUCCAAUUUUGAUUCUAAAAAUAUAUUAUUUUAUUUUAUCUUUGCAAAUUGAUAUUUCCCACUAAGUUUUCCAUAAUUUUAUCUCACCCUUCAGAGAAUAUUUAUUGAAAUUAUAAAUGAGAAGUGUUUUAUUCUUGUUUCAAUCAAAGUAUUUCCAAGAUCCAAAAUCAUCUUUAUGGCAUUUGGAACCAGUUGCAUUUGUACUUUAGAAUUAUGGAUAUUUUGUAUAAUAAACAAGAACAUCAUACGGUUUAUAGGGGGGGUCUAUCGUCCCCCUCCCCUCUCAGGGACACGACUAACUUGUGUGAAGCCAAUAAAUAACAAUCCAAAAACACGUAUAUAGUAAUAUCAUUACUUUAUUACUAAAUAAUAUUAAGAUUUUGACUAUUUUUUUAAAAUAUUUUUAGUAAUAGUAGUAAAAUUUGUACUGAUUUUUAAUAACAAGUGAAAUGAUAUCACAUCAAAAUGUACAAAUUAUUAGUACUAUUAGACUUCUAGACUCCAUAUUUCGUAAUAUCACUGAAUAUUAUAUUAUAUGACAAUAAUAAUAAUUAUAAUUAUAGUAUAAUAUACAAUUGAUAUCAUUAUAUCAAAACAAUAAACAUUCUAUUAUCACGGUCAUAAUAUAUUCAUGAUAAUAACACUGUAUUGAUAUUGGCGGAUGCCAAAAACCUCUGCUGCUGGGAAGCCCUCGUUAUUGUUAUGCAUGUUUAAAUAAACAGAUAUGUCAGCGAGACCAAAACUCACCAUAGAUCAGAGGUUCCCAACCAGGGUGCUACGAAAUUAUUUGAAAUAUUUUUUUUUUUUUUUUUUUUAAACUUCUUGAAAAAUAUUGCAAUGUGAGUAAUAAAACAGUACUAAACUAUAGCAGUGGUCUUCAACCUUUUUGAACUCACGGCCCACUUUUUUAGACGUACAUUAUUCGCGACCCACAUAAGGUAUACAUAAAGAAAAACGUUUGUAGAAAAACAAAAAAAAUAAAAUCGAAAAUUACUUAAUACUUUGUAGCAGUACUGUUAUAACUGAAUAAAUAAAAAUAAAAAAAAAAAUUACAUAUACUUCUUAUAUAUGACUAGAAUAAUAACGCGACUAACAUUUAUUCGGCUUUAAACACAGCGACAACAUCGGCAAUGUUAGUAGAUUAUGGGACUCUAACGAUAAUAAUAUAAUAUAUUUAUUUUAUUGCUAUCCCGGUUUACUCGUAAAUUAUUAUAUUUAAUGUCAUACUACGUAGAAUCAUACCAGUAUAUGAAACAUACACUGUGAUUUGAAAUCCAUUAUACUAUUAUAUUUUUGAAUAUAAAUUAUAUAAUAUUGUUUAUAUAUAAUAUAUUGCAAUAAUUUUCAAACUGUAUAACAAUUAUUUGUAUACAUUAUGCAAUUGUAUAAACUUAAUUUUUAUUUUAAAAAGAAAACUUAUCGCAACCCACCGGUUGAAGACCAUUGCUAUAUAGUAUACAAAUUAUUGUUUACAAUUAAUUAUAUAAUACAUAUAGUUUGUACAUAGUAAUACUGCGAUGUUCAAUCUAUUUUCACACUGGUUGGAUUGCUAUAGUUAAUGUUCAAUGUAAUAAUUUGUUUUAUAAAAUAUAAUAUGUGAAUAUACCAGAUGGUAUAUUCACAUAUUAUAUACCUACUACUUUUGUUUAUACUAAGUCACUAAAUAAAACUGAAAUUACAAAAUAUAAAUUUUAAAUACACGAUGUAUUACUAUUGCGUAUUCAGUAUAGAGUAUAGGCCAUAGGGUGUCUCUGGAUUUUUAGAAAAUAAUGAAGGGUGCCGUGAGUCAAAAAAGGAUGGGAACUUCUGGCAUAGGUAAUAAAAAUAUGGAUAGGCUAUCCCGCGCUUUUCGAAUGUACUUAAAGUUAGACAAGACUUUUCGAUGGGAACACACGCUUUUAUCACUGACAAAAGUCGGAACUGCUGUGCACUAUUAGUAUAAUUAUUUUUAUAACACCGUUAAAAUCUAAUAUCGGAUGCAUAUAAAGUACAUACGAAAUUUAUUCAUAGACAAUAUUCUAAUACCGUGUCAUAGAUAUUUAUUUUCUAAUCCCUCCAUAGUUUAUGCAAUUAAUAAUUGUAAACAAUGCAAAAAUUUUAAAUCAAAAAGUCAACAAAAAAUAUGUCUUGUGAAUUUUCAAUUAAAUCAUUUUUCUGGUAAAAAACGUCCGUGUUUUUAUAAAAUAAUGAAAUCGUGAAAUUGUACGUUAUUCUACUUUUUUCCCCACAUUAGUGAUUUUAUAUAAAAAAAAUAGCGUCGAAAAUCAAAAAAAAUGACCUCUUUAAAAUACCAUCUAGAUAACUUGAGCUUUUAGAAGAGAUGCUACAUGUAAAACUUGGAGCAAAUUUAUUAGCAAAAAAAAAAUAAACAUUUUAGUAAAACCGAUAACUCCCUGGCUACGCUCGGAAUCUAAAAAAUAACAAAACUUUGUAGGUACAUCAAGGUUUGUAACAACAGAUUAAUAAAUCAUCAAUCUAUCAAUGUAUAAUGUUUUAUUUAAUAUCAGUGGUUCGUAGGCGCUGAUAAUUUAAGUGCGGUUAUACGGUAAAAUUCCUAUGUCUUAAAAUUACAAACAAAUGUUAACACAACAUUUUUACGACUUGUUGAUUAACCGUUCUUAUUUUAAAUGUAAUCGCCAAAUAUAAUAUUCUCUGCAAGCCUUUGAAUUGAAAAAAUAUCAUGAAAAACCAAUUAUUCUUGUUUUAUAAUUGUUUGGCCAACAUAUUGCUAGCAUACGAUUUGGAUUUUCGUAUACGGCUUGGGGAUCCCGGAAAUCAAAACCGAAAAUAAAAACCAAAUGUUCGUUAUUUUUACGGAUUUUGCCUAUAAAUUUUUAAUUAUUACUGUAUUUUUAUUACAAAUCUGUGUAUAAGAUUAUUAUAUAUUAGGUAUUAUAAGAUAUAUUACCAUUUUUUUUUUUUUGAAAAAACAAAUUUUUGUUAGGUAGGAUAUAUGCAAGUAUUUUAUUUAUAUCUGUAAAGAAUGAUAAACUUUUAAUAGCGAAGUUCGGUGAUACAUAUUUUGAAAGGUCGUAAUAUUUACGAGUUUCAUCAAAAUUUGAUUUUAAAACUCAUAAAAAAAAAAAAAUACUUCAUAGAGAUCAAUUUUUUCUUUUAGACAAUAUUUAUAGAUCUUUAAUACUCACAAAAUAACGGCUACACUGAUUUGUAUAGUAUUCCAAGUUAUAAUGUAGUAGUAAUCAUACAGCCGUAAGCAAUCUAGUUUAUUAUUUAUGUUUAUAGGGAUUGGGAAAUAAAAGCAUAGAUAUAUUAAAGAAUAGAUAGGUCGUGGCUAUACAAACAAAAUAGAGGGAAAUGUAGUAGUGUCGGAAAGAGAAAGACUGUUUUCAUCAAUGCCUCUUAUUCUGGCAUAGGAAUUAUCACAAGUUAUAUUUUGCGAUUAUUAUUGCAAGACGUAGAUAUUGGAGAUUAUACAUUUUAUAAUAAUAAAUAAAUUAUUAAAUUAUAUUGUUGUUAUUAAUUUCAUUAUUUGACUUAUUUACUUCUAAUUGGAUUUUUUAAUAUUUAUGGUUUUAACAAAUAAAUUAUCAUCUCCUUAUACUGUUAUUUAUUUGUGUUAAGACCUCUAUAAUUUUUAUUUUCAUGUUCGUUCCCGUAUGAUAGCGUAGGUGGACUAUCAAUUUUUUAAUAUCAAUAAAUAAAAUGACGAUCUGGCUGAUAACAAAAUUCAAAGAUAUGAUUUAAGCGACUAAUACGAUUUGAUGGCAAAUUCAUGCCUCAAAUUCGAAAAAUAAAUUUGGUUUUUAUUUUAGUAGUUUUUUCGUAGUGUUUUUUUCCUGCUAGCACGACUUGGACAACGUCGCGUUUUGUUCCUUAUUAUAUAUGGUAGCCGCUUUUACAACUUACCAAUUUGGCCGUCUCACGCAUGAUACAUCAAAAUUACUUUCUUAUUUUAUGAUAACCGACUGAUCAAUAUAAUUUUUAUAAAUUUUAAAAAUAAAAUUGUAAGUUCUCUUUUCCUUUAAUUUUACGCAGGGGGUUCGAAAGAAAAAAAAGAAACAUACAAACAUACUUCGCACGAUGGGUGGGUCAUUGGUGUAGGUUAGAAGUUGAGAAGGUAGAUUAUAAAUUGAAUGUAUAUCUGUACGCAAUCAUAAAUCGUUGCUAAUAAAAACGAUUCUGAGCGGAGUUCGUUUAUACAUGUUUUAAAAGGCCGUAAUAUUUAUGAUUUAAAUAUAAUACAUUUCGUAAAUUUUCCCGUUUUUUCCAUUUAUCGUGAAAACCCCGUGAAAAAUAGAAAAAUUACUUCUUUAAAGUCCAUCCAAAUCAAAUUUUCUUUUAGAAGUUAUUACAUUUGAAAAUCUGAGCAUAAUUUCUUGUAAAAUUCGUUCUCAGAAAAUAAUAAUAAUAUUGUAUAACCAAUACAAUACAUUCCUUACUCCGGUUAGAAUCUAAAAUGUUAAAUAUUAUUUAGCUUUAUAUAAACCGCUAGAGCGGUUUACUCUGCUACAGUUUACUCCGUAAUAAAAUCAUUUAGGAACAUCGUCUGUCUUACAAUUGUUAUAGGAGUAGCCUAGCCCUGUACAUUUCUUUAUUAUCUAUGACUAAAGAUACUCCAGGUAAAGUAAUUUUCUCAUCAUAGUUUAUUUUUCUAUGAAUUAACUCAUAGUAACAUAAUUGACACUGUGUAACACCAUUUUCGAUUAUAGAUAAUACAUAUUAUCUAUGGUUUAGAUGCUCAUUGUUUCCUUGCUGACAUGCAUGUUAACAUGUAUGUAUUGUAUGUAUUGUACAUUAUGCGAAUAACUGGAUGAGUGAAAAAUUGUGUCUUAAUAGUAUUAAUUUGAUUUACAGUAAAUCUGUUCUUCAUGUCUCCUGCUCCAAAAUCUCCCUGGUAUUAUUUCUCCUAAGUUUAUUAAAGAGAAUAUUUGAUAAUUCUUUAUUGCGUACGUUCGCUUUGCUUACUAUUUAUAGAACAAUUGAGUAUUUGCGUGCUUGAUUGUUUGUAUGUUUUCUAAAAUAUAUUGAUAACGAGACAAAAAUUAUUUACACCUGUUAAAAUAUACAUAUUUUAAUUGUAAAAUUUAAAUGUUCUUUUCCAGUAUAAAAUGUAUUUGUAUUAUAAAUAAAUAUAAAUAUUAGCAAUAACAAAAUAUAGGGGAAUUACUUUUUUAAUGGUUAUAAUAAAUUAUAAAAAAAUCCAUACACCAAGAUGCAUAGGUACCAUAUUACACUAUGUAUAUAAUUUUAAUAAAUUUAUAUGACAACUGAAACAAUUUUUUUGCUGCACCACCUAUAUCGUUUAAUUUUAUAUAUUAUAAUACGAGAUUAACACCUAAUUUGAAAUAAAUACUAUACAAUAUACAAGAUAAAUAUUUUUUGUCUAAUCAAUUGUGAGUGUGGAUCGAUAAUGGAUCUGAACGUACCAAUAGAGCAUAAUAUGAUGUAUCCAAUAGUGAAAUGCUUUUAUAAUUGUUACAAUUCAUGAUAUAACCUUCUGCCCACUGUUUAUACAUUCCACUGUGAUUUUCCAUUUUGUAAUAACUUUAUAUAUGUUUCUAUUUCAUCUAUUUUAGGUUCAUUUAUAUGUUAACUGUUAAAUGUGCUGUUUACAAGUUUUUCAAGAAUUUCCUCUAAACAUUGUUUUAAAUUUGUCAAUUAUUUCACUUUUUUCCAUUAUCAGUAUGCCGUUCCAAGCUUUUCUCGGCUUAUAAACAUUUUCAUAUCAUUUGUGUUCUUGUACACAAUUUUUAAAUUUGUUUCUAUUUCCUAAACGUUCUUUCCCCAUUGUCUUUUUUUUUUUUUGAUAUUGUUUUAGUUUCUCACUGUUUGAUCACUGUUUUUUUUAUCUAUUACUGAAUUAUUUUCUUCAAAUGUUUCUUCUGCUGCUUAUCUAUUAAUUGUUUCUACAUUUAGUCUUACAUUUUUGCUUUAAAUAAUGUUUUUCAACUAUUAAGAAAAAUGUCUAUUCAUUUUUUUGAGGUUAGAUUAGGUUAUUUGAAUUUUGAAAGUUAAUAAUCCUUAAAAUGGUCAAAAUUCUAUUUAAUAAUUAAAAGUAUCAUCUUUUUUAAUACACUAUUUUUAAUAUUGUUUCUUAAAAAAAUUGAAGUUUUCUAUAUACAUUUAAUUAUAUUUUUGGUUUUUAUACAGAUAAAACAAAACAACAAAUGCCAGAAAAUAUGUUGAAAAAAUUAGAGUAUGCAUCAAAAGAUACAAGUUCUAAUAAUGAUGAAGGUAAUAAUCUAUUUUUCAUUAUAUUAAUCUAUGCUAAAAUGUAUCAUCAGGUUUAAAUAUUAUGUUGGGGCUAUUUAAGUUAGCUAUCUUUGAUCCAUGUCUGAUUGAUUUAUUUUAUUUAAAAUCUGAAAGCCACAACAAAAACUGUUGCUCCCUUAAAAACUAUUCUAAUUUAUGUAUUAAAUUUGUAUGUUUUACAUGUUAAAUUAUAAAGUUGUAUUUAUUAAAGUUUUUAUGACAGUUGUGUUAUUACAAAAGGUGUAUUCGAAUAAUUUUUAACAUCUCUAAAAUCUUGGAUUUAUUGUCUUUAAAUAUAUUACGAAGUCUGCAGUUAUUUUCAAUAUUCAUUUUGUUUCCAAGCAUUUUAAUGUUUAGAAUAAAAUCUUUUACAAAAUUGCUAUUUUGAAAAAUGAUAAAAUGAAAAGUUAUUUUUCAAUAAUUAAGGGAUGAAAAUAAAAACUUUAUUUGUUUCUACAUAAGUAUCCCUCUCACAUAAAACCCAAUUAAAAAUAUAAAAAAUGAAUAUUGUUAAAACUUUUAGCAUAAUGAUAAGAUGUUGGUACUUAAAUUUUAUUUAGAAUAACUUAGUUUUUACUUUAUGUAUAUGAUAUAAAUUUGAAAUUAUUAAUAUUUAUUAUUUAUCAUUUUCACAAAUUUUUCCAAUAAAACAUUGCUUAAUUUAAUUAAAUUAACAUUGAUUAUUGUUUAAUUAAUAUAGUAUACAAAUAUAAUUGUUUACUUAUUAAUUAAUCUUUUGAUUAAUAAUUAUCUAGCUAAAUAAUAAUAUCCUCUUACUUUUACCAUUUAAUAAAAUUUGUUUUAUGUUAUUUAUAUUUAACUAUUAUUCUUAUAUCGUGUUUCCAACAUGUUAAAUAUUGUUUGCUUGGGUAAUUUGCUUCUUAUUUUUCCUUGAUUUUCUUUGAUAGUUAUAAGCUAUACCAUGGACAAUUAAAAUAGCAUUGAUAUUAUACAUUUUACAUUUGUUAAAAUUAUAGAAGUUUUUUUUUUUUAAAAAAAAUUUAGAAAUAGAUAUAGUUGGUAAUGCAGGUGAAGAAGAUUUUAUGGUUGAAAAUCUUGAACAACAACGCCCUAUUGUACCAGAUAUCACAAUUGAUAUACCAGGUAUUUUAUAAAUAACUUUAGUUUUAUUAUUGAAUAUCAAAUGAAGUAAUAAUUAAUAGAAUUUAAAAUGAUAAAUACUGUAUUGAAAAUACUACAAUACAUUUAAUUUAUUGUUUAACUACUUUGGCUUUGUAUUUAUAAAUCAAAAUUUAAUUUAUUUUUAAUUAUUAAGUUUUAUUCAUUUGAGAAUUUAUCAAUGUAUUUUUAAGAUUAAAUUUUCAUAAGCCUAAUCGAUCAUGAAAAAAAAAAACAGCAGAAUUCUGUCACUAGAGUUUAAUUUUCACCCAGCAGGUUGCCGUUACCUGCAGCGCUAUAUUUCAUGUUAGGUUUUACCAAAAAAUGGGUACAAUAGUUUUUGAGAUUUUCGAUAACAUAUUUACAGACCAUGGUGUUGAGGUUUGGAAGUUCAAAUCUUCUAAAGGCACAUCUUCAAUAAAAAUUAUUUUUAUAUUUACACAUUUUAACCAAGUAACUUAUUUAUUUUUAUGACAGCUAUUUAAAAUACAGUAUUUCCUGUGAAAACAUGAAAAUGUUCAUGGAUAAUUAGACAAUACAUGAUCAAUCUUAUGUGUACCUUCUUAAUACCUUAUUCAGCAAUUAUUAUUUUUUAGUUGAACAAACAAAUAGUAUUGAAGUUUCUAAUGAUACAAUUUCACCGGUUUCUCCAGUAUCAAUGUUUUGUAUACAAGAUGUUAGAAGUUUAAGAGAGGUAUAUUAUAUUUUAAUUCAAUUCAACAAAAUAAAAAAUAAAACAAUUUUUUUUUUUUUUUUUCUUAAUAAGAGUGAAUUUGGUAUUUUUAAUGAUAACAUAUCUGUGGUGCAAAAUAAGAAUCAGUAUGAAGUUACAAAUCCAAGGCCUGAUAUUUAUCUUGAAUCAGGCCAACAUAUAGUUAACAAUGGAGCACCGAUAAAUGGUACAUAUUGUUUAAUAGACACAAUGUAUCAAAAAAAUUAUUUAAAAAAAUUCAAAAAGUUGGGAGCCAAUGCAAUGAAAUCACGAUUAAUUCUUAAAGAUAUGACAUCUAUACCAAAAUUAUUGGGACUUUUUAAGUGUAUGGACAAAUCAUGUACAAAAGUUUUCUCAGACAAAAUGAUGUUUAAAUUACAUAUGCAAUUACAUUUUUCAAACAUGGAAAAAAAAAAAAGUAAUGAGUGUUUUAUUGUCUUUAAAUAUGUAUUUAUAUAAUCGGUGUUCUUUAUUUAUGAUAUUUGUUUUUUAGAUAAUCAAAUAAACAACGCUGAACAGUUCAAACAUUGUGCAUAUUGCUUUAAAAAGUUUGAUGAUGUAGAAUCCUUGGCUAAUCAUAUUUCUGAAAAAUAUUCUUUCUGUAAAUUUUUUUGUCCAUAUUGUUUUUAUCGUGCAUAUACACCUAAUCAUGUAAUGGUUCAUCAGGUAAAUAUUAUUUCCACCUACUAUUUUGAUUAUAUAUUAUGUAUUAAAAGUGUAUUCUUAUUAUUUUAAUUCUGAUUUAGACUUUAAUGCAUACUACAAAUAAACUAAAAAUAAUACAACUGGAGUACGAUGAAAUUGUUAAUGAUAAUUCAAAAGAAAUACUAAUGGCAGUUGACUAUAACGAUUUUGUUUUGCCAUAUAAGUGCAAUGUUGGUAAGUUAAUCUCAAUUUAUAUUCUAAGAGAACAAGGGCUGUAUUUAUUUUUCUAUUAUUGGUUGUUUUCAAGAGAACAUAUUUUCAAAAUAUUAUUUGGCUCCUUUUUGUGUUUUUUUUUUUUUUAAAAAAAAAGUUUUUUGAUUUUUGUUAAAAUAAUAGUUAGGCUAUAGGUUCUGUAGUAUUAAUACAUUUUAUCAAACACGUACAAAGAAGAAUCAUGGAAUAUUCUAUGAUCUAUUUCUUUAUCGUUAUUACGUAAUAAUGUAAUUUAAUUUUGUUACUGUGAUAUUAGUCUGCUUUAACUACCAAUACUAUUUAGUUUUCACUAAACUAUAUUAAUCUAAUGCUACCUUCAUACUUUCGCAAGCACACCUUUAGUUUGCACGAGGCGGUGAGAUGAGAUAUCACGAGUGCUUACCAUCUAUACUCUCCCAGGGUUAGACUAAAUCUUGCUCAGUCAUUUAUUGUUAGAAGUGUGAAUGACUUGCGUAUUAUUCAGGGGGAAAUAAGGUUAUUAAUAUGGAUUUGGUUGAGGUGACUGCUACAGCUGUGUGUGCAUAAAGUUAUUAUAAUUUACUACAUGUAUCUUACACAAAAAAAAUUGAACAACCUAGGAAGUAAAGAUGCCAUAAGAUUUCUUUCACCUGAUAAAUCUCCUCACAAUUAACUAAAAUUGUAUUCGUUCAGUCAAUCAUUUUAUUUGUGAAUUUUAAUUUGAUUGGGUACAACUUACAUUAGUCAGGGCGAGAAUGUAGUUUUUUAUGCUUCGCCUCUUAACUAAAAAACGACACUGAAUGGAGUGGAUGAAACAAGACGAGUAAGUUGACUACACUUUCGUGCUUGUGUUACCUCAAAAAAAGUGUGGAAGGUUAAAUUAAAAACAAAAUAGAAAAGAACAAACUGAUACAUUACCAAGUAUUUUUUGAACAGUAUUUUUUCAAAAUCAAUCACUAAUGUAUUUGGUAGCAAUACAAAAAUGUGUGGAAAAUCAUUGCUAAAUUAAAUUUUACACAAUGUUUUACAUUUUUUAAAAUAUUGUAACUUAAAAAAAAAACCAAUACAAUUUCAAAAGAAAUAUAUUUUUUUUUUUUUUGAACUGUAGCCACAAUUUACUUCCUAUUGUUAUCAAAGAAAUGGUUUAAUUCAGUGGUCUUCAACCUUUUUGGGACUCACGGCCCAUUUUUUUAGGCAUACAUUUUGUGACCCACAUAAGGCACCUAAAGAGCAAAACUAUGUUUGUAGAAAAACAAAAACAAAAAAAUCUAAAAUUACUUAAUACUUUUUAGUAAUACUAUUAUAAUUGAAUAAUUAAAAACUACAUUGUUGACGAAAUAAAUGAAAAAAAAACUUUUUAAUGGACACGUAAAUGUUAUUAGAAUAAUAACGCGACUAAUAUUCAUAAUACUUUGUCUUUAAACAUUAAACAUAGCAACAAUAUCGAUAAAUAACGUUUGUAAAUUGUGGGACUCUUUAGUGAUAAUAUAAUAUAUUCAUUUUAUUAUUAGCCUGGUUUACUUUUAAAUUAUUGUUAAAUGUCUGAUGUCAUACUACGUAGUAUCAUACUGGUACAUGAAACGUUUACUGUGAUUUUAUAUCCAUUAUAAUAUUGUAUUAUUGAAUAUAACUUGUAUAAUAUUGUUGAUAAAUAAUAUAUUACAAUUAUUUUUAUACCCUAUAUAAUUAUAUAAACUUAAUUUUUAUUUUGAAAAGAAAACUUAUCAUGACCUAAAAGUCAGUCGCUACACACCAAUUGAAGACUACUGGUUUAAUGAAUGAUACUGUUGCAUGAUAAUAUUAGGCGUGUUGUGUAAAUAGCCAAAAUAAUAUUUAGCCAUGGCCAAUCAACAGUAGGUUUGUUGAUGGAUGGGCAUAUAGGUUAUUAUUUUCUAGUAGUUAGAACCAUAGCUGCUUGGUUGUUUGAGCAAAUCAAUAUUAGUCCCUUACUGCAUAUUGUUCCUUAGGUGUCACAAACCGGUUUUUUGUUAUUAGUUUGUUUGAUAUUAAAGAUAUUCCAAAACUGCAUGUAUGACCAGAUUUGGCACAAACAGAUCUAUAAAAACGAUACUAGGUGCUGUUUCUAGGAUUAAAAUUGUUAAAGUUAUUAUCAAACAACUUCUAUAAGAAAUCAAUGUUACAUUAUCACCUGUGUUGUUGACUUCAAACAAUAAUAACUUAUCAUGUGUUUGUAUAAUUUACGUUUAAAAAAAUACUACUCGAUUUGAAAUUGUAUGGUGAAUCGAAUGAAGAAAAAGUCUUUAAGUUUAUUUAAUAUUUUUACUUUUCAUUAACUUUAUUUUAGAUUCUGAGUGGAGUAAAGAAGCUUAUGGUAUUACAAAGAUUAACAACUUUUUUACCAGAAGACUUGGUUGGAUUUCUAAGUGUAGCACCUUUUCUGAAAAGAAAUCUGGGUAGGGAAGUACUUUAGGGAGAUCUUUUUUCGAUUUUCUCAAGAGUUUUCCAAGCUAAUGUGAAAAACCAGGAUAAAACAUAGGAAAACUGGGAAAAUCGGUACAACAUUGAACAAAUAUUAUUAAAGAAAAUAUAUAAAGAGCCUAUUUAAUUAUUUUACUAUAAAAUGACAUAUACAUUGUUAAUAAAUCAUCACUAUCAACUGAACUCCACUCAGAAUCGUUUUAGCAAUGGUUUAUUGCUGUUUACAGGUAUACAUUAAAUUAUCUAUAACAGUGGCCGCACCCACUCCCAUUAUUCUAAGAGGUCUUUUUUAUUAUUAUAUUUUAUGUUUUCUAUGUAAGUGAAAUAUAAGAUGAAAGUAGAGGUAUUUAAAUUGCAUUAUUCAUGGUGUGCCAAAUAUGGCACGUACUAAACUUUUAAGUUAUAACUUUGUAAUUUUUUACUAUUUUUCCCGUAAUAAGUAAUAAAUUUGCUAUAGAAAAGAUUUCUAUCCCAGUAAAAAAAAAUCUUGCAAUAAGGAGUUAAAGAUUUUAAUUUAAUUUGAUAAUUAUUAAAUAUAUUUUAACUAAUUAUAUCCAUCAUUUUUGGUUUUUAUGAUUUUAUAAAAAAAAUGGAUGUUUAUUUAUUCUGAUUACUACAUAAUAUUGUUGAUAUGUGUUAUUAAUAAUUAUUUUUUUUAUUCUGAAAAUUAUUUUAGGAAGCUGUACUUUCUCUUGUUUUGUCCCUGGUGAUUUCAUUUAUCAUUUAAACAAAGAGCAUCAACAAUGUGAUAAAUUCUGUUGCUACAUUUGCGCUGAUGAAGAUAAUAGUAAAGGAUUUAUUGCACUCCAACCAAGUUUAAUGAUAAAAGUAAACAGACAAUUUUUGUAUUUAAUUUAUAAGUUAUUUUAUUUACAAAUUAAUAUUAUUUCACGACCAUAUUCUAAGGUUGUAAAUCUCAAAUAUACUUCAUUCUAAACACUGGGAAAUUCAUAUUUUUAAAUAUGUUUUUCUAAUGACUGCAAUAAAUAUACAUAUAGGUUUUUUUUUAAACUAAAUAUUCUACUCUUUGAUAACUUCUAAGACUUAAAUAAUUCUAUAAAUCAAACAAGGACUCACCAACUUCAAGUAAAUUUUUAAAUGGAAUUUAUGAGAUAACCUACAAAUUAUGGCAAAUGCCAGUCAUAAACUCAGUUUGAACAAAACGCCUUUGUUUAAAUUUGUGAAAAUUGCUCUAAAUAUAAUUAAUAAAUAAUUUUUCUUUUGUAAAAUAUUUUUUUAAUUAAUAUCUAUAUUUUUCAGCACUUUAUACUACACAAUAUAAACGUAUACCAAUGUAUUUUCUGCUUGUUUGGUUCUGAAUUAAAAGAUUCAAUGAUGAUUCAUUUAGCCAUGGAACAUUUUGAAUAUGAAUCUAUAUGUUUGGAGCGUUCUAUGAAGUCUGAAAUUUGUGUAUGAAUAAUUAAAUUUAAUAUUUUUUGUUAUACUCGUAUUUAAUUAUUUAUAAUAUAACUGUUAUAGGAUUCUUCAAAAAUUGAAAAUCUCAAAAUUAUAAGAAUAGAAAAACCUAUAAACAAUGGUUUGUUAGAAAUAGUGAAUUUACCACCUGGAAUGAGUUCUUUUCCUGAAAAUCUUAUUAAAAAAACUAAAAAAAGAUGUUUAAAACAGUCUAAUGAUGUAAUUUCAAAAGCCAUAAAAAUUGCCAGAAUUCAGGAUGUUACACAAUCAUCAAAAACAGUUUCUUUAAAAGUUCCUGAGAGUGCACAAAUGAUAGACAGUAGUAGUAAUUCCUUAGAACCAUCUAAUGUCGUGGAAAAUACAAAAUCAUCAACAAUUGUUAUACAAGUUCCGACUAGUACAAAAAUAAUAGACUGUACUAAUUCCUUAGCAUCAGUUCAGGACAAUGAAUUUAUUAUGCUUGAUGAUGAUGAUCAAAAUGAUUUACGAGAAACACUAAGAAUAAAUGAUAUUUGGACUGAAAAUGUAAAUACUGAAGUACAAUUACCACAACAUGUGGAUGAUGAUAUCAUUACUAUUGAUGAUGAUGAUGAUGAUGAUGAUGAAUUUCCUGAUACACUAACUGAAACAGUAACUAAAAAAAUUUCUACCCAGCAAAAACUUACUGUGGGCAAUUUGCCCGAAGAAUCUAUUGAUGGUCUAAAUAAGUCCAAACGAAAACUUUCUGUAGAAAAUUUGCCUGAAGAGUCUAUUGAUGAUGAUCCAAAUAUAUCCAAACGUAGUAACCUUCCUGUCGAACAUUUAACUAAAGAGUCUAAUAAUGGUCCAAAUAAGUUCAAACGGAUUGCUCUUCCGUUAAUUGAGUUGAAUAAGUUAUUUUUUUGUAAAAAAUGUGGUAAGUUUAAUAUAUAUUGAAAUUGGCUAUAAAUAUUAAUAAAUAGUAAAUUGAAGUUCUUUAUUUAAAAAAAAAUUUUUUUUUUUUUUUAUGUAGAUAAAACUUACUCGAAAAGUACUGAUUUCCAAAAACAUUUAAGUAAUUGUCCAAAUUGGAAUUUAAAUUUAAAUGAGCGCAGGCAAUGUUUAUUUUGUCAUAGAUCAUUUAAAACUCCGUUUCAUAUGACAGAACAUGUGAAACUUCAUGGGCCAAAUCGCUUCACAUGUAAUUUGUGUAAUUUCAAUUCACCAUCUUGUCGUUCUAUUGGACACCAUAUGAGAACUAAACAUGACAUUCUGAAUUUGAAUUUUAUACCUGUGAAUGCUAAAUUUACUGACAUGGAAAAAGAUGAAUUUAUUGUUUAUGAUUCUAAAGAUCAGCAGUCCCCAAAAACACCAGCAGUGGGUGGUAAUAUUGGUUUUAAAUGUGGUGAAUGUAACUUAACCUCUGUCCAUCAGAAAUAUAUAUUAUCACACAUAAAAGAUGUUCAUAAUAUUGAUAAAUAUGAGGUAUGUGUAAUUAAUUCUUUAAGCAAUGGUGACUUUAAAGAACUAUACGAAAUGAAAAAAAUUAAUUCUUGUGAAAAACAAAUUACAACCAAAAGAUUACGUCAUAAUAAUUUGUUUGAUGUAAGUGAAUCAUUUUAUUUAUAUAAUUGAUCUUUUUAAAUUAAAUAUUAUUUUGCUAUAUUUUUUUUUAUAUUUACUAUUGUAAUAAUUUUGUGUACAUUGUUUAAUUAUUGUAUUAUUCUAAUUAUGAAUUAGCAAAAUAUUGACAAAAAAGAUACUGCAAAACCAAAAAUUAUUGUUGAAGAUAAAAACAUCUUAUCAUUUUCACCCGAUACUAUUGACAAUAUCCCAAUGAUGCAUAUCUUUUCAAAUCCUAUUGGAUGUUUACUGUGUACAUAUAACACAAAGGUGCGAUCUAAUUUAAUUCUUCAUUUGAAUGGACAUAAAAAAGGACAAGAUAAUACAACUAAGGAGAUUGUUAAUCCAGUACCUUCCAUUGGAAAAUCAGAACUUAUGUUUGACAAAAUGAUAAAUCUGUCUGCCAGUUCAUUUGAAGCUAUGAAUUCUGAAAAAGUAAGAAUUUGUUUUGAACAAUAACUUAUCUUUCAAAGUUAUCUUUAGUUUUUAUAACCUAAUAUACAUACCUGUUGAUAUUAUUUUACAGACAAAAAUUGACGAGUUGAAUUUAAAAAUUGUUGAAUUAUUUCCCAUAAAUGACUUAAACACUGAGUUAUUUCCAAAGUUAAUUCCAAAAAAUAAGCGCUUUCAAUGUUCAGAAGGGACUUGUAACCAACAAUUUUUUUUAGAUGUAGAUUUACUCAAGACACACAUGUCAAUCAUUCAUAAAGACUACCAAUUUUAUUUGUGAGUAACUUAUUACUACAAUUGAAACUUGAUUAACCGUUACUUUCUGUUAUCCGUCAUUGUUAAUAACAAAACGUCAAUGUUAUUAAUUAGUAAUAGUAAACUCGCUGAAGUGUGUGCAUAUUUUGACUAUUAAGCUUAUAAAAAUUGUUUGGAAUAUCCAACAUAGGCGAACACUUAAUACACUCAGUAAAAUAUUUAAAUUUAUUACAAAAUUUCUGUUAAUCGUCAUAGUCCUGGACUCGAUAGUGGCGGUUACUCGAGUUUUUACUGUAGUGAAUUUUAGAUAGUUUUACAUAAAAUAUAUUUAUUUAUAGAUGUCCACAUUGUCCACCAAAUUCAAUCCAAACUAAAGAAGUUAAAAUAAAUAACAUAGAAUUACAUUUAAUGUACCAUACUGAAAACUUGUACAAAUGUCAGUAUUGCGAUUAUAUUGACUUUAAUAGAAAUGAAAUGAGAAAACAUAUGAGAAAUGUUCAUCUAUCACUAAUAGUUAGUGAAAAUCAAUCCAAUAUAAUUGUAAUCAGACAAUCAAAAAUAGAAGAUUAUUCUAUUGAUAGAAAUAUAAUCCAAGGUAUAUUAUUUUAUAUUUUUUAUUAACCUUAAUUUAUAUUCUUAAUUAUAUUUAUUUAUUUAUUUAUUUUUAGUUCAAUUGUCUAUAGCUCAAUGGAUCUGCAAUUUAUGUACUUCUAGUAUUAAAUAUACUGAACGUGAAAUUAUAUCUCACCUGUUUUUGGCUCACAACGCAACAAAAAUGUAUAGAUGUCCUAUGUGUUCAUUUGAACAAAAUGAUGAUAAUGCUCAAAAAUUUGAAGAACAUUUUAAGGCACAACAUCCUAAUAUAGCAUACAAGAGUCAAAAAGUAUGCGAUAAAGUAAGUGUAAUUUUAUUUGUAUUAUACUAUGGUUUUGAUUUCAAAUUAAUUUUUGUCUUAUUAAGGUUACUGAUUCGGAACAGCUACCUAUUCAAUCUAAAAAUUUGAUGGGUAAAACAACAAACAAUCAGGAACAGCAAGCUUUAGAAAGUAUUGAGCCACUCAUGCCACCUUCAUGUAGAGGAAUUCCUAUUGAAUCAAUUUAUACAAGUAAAUCCCGAGGCGUAUCAAAAAGUCCAAAAUCAGCAAAAAAGUCUCCAGUACAAGCCCGUAAACAGAAAUUGUUUCAAGAUGAUUUUAAUGAGGAUGAUAGUUUAGGAACAAUAUCUACAACAGGCCAAUUUGUAUGUCCUAAGUGUGAUUUAUUUAAGACCACAGAUUUAGAGAAUUUCCGCGAACACUUAUACAAAGAAAUUAACAAUAAAAGGUAAACAAAGAAUUAUAAAUAUUUUCAUUUUUCAAAAUAUACAAUUUUUAUUUUUUUUAGAUGGCAAUGUUUGACAUGUUUUUUAAUAUCUGAUUCCCCUAAAAAAAUGGCAUGGCAUGUAAAAAAACAUGGAAUCGGUGCUAAGUAUAAAAAAAUUGAAAAUAUUCCAAGAUUAAAAUGGGUAAAUAUUUUUUUAAAAAAAAUGUACUGAAUCUAAGCUUAUAUAUUUUUGUUUAGGUUGAACGGGUAAUUGAACAUCAACAUCCUUUAUCUAUAGAAUUUAAUAAACAAAACGCAGAAGAAGAUGUAAUAUCUGUUGGGAAGACUAUAGCUGUUAUAAACAAAUCGAUCUUAAAAACAGUACGUUUUACUUUUAAAAACAGUAUGUAAACAAUAACAUUAUUUAUUUUAUUUCAUUUUUAGAAAAAAGGUUUUCCUGGAAAGAAAGUAGCGGUUUCUCCAAUCACCCCACAAAUGAGUGGUGAAAUAAUUAAUUUGGUAGAUGAUUCUGAUGACGAAUAAUUUGGUAACUAAAAAAAAUAUUAAACAAGAUAUUUAUCAUAUUUUAAAUUUUAAUAAUGUAUUAAAUGUUGUCCAUUUUAUGUGAAAUAAAAAUGUUUGGGUGAAGAUGUGUUAUACAACUUAGUUAAAAAAAAUUAUUCAAAAAUUAAUAUAUAAAAGGGUGUAUUCUACGAAUAGUGUAUAUUAGGAUCUAAAUUUAAAAGGACUAGCUCAAUCAUCUGAAUUACACAUAAUUGUAUUAUGUAUACCAUAGCUAAAGAUAACAUAAAAAGGAGUUAGAGGGGUUAUUAGGAGAGAUAUGUGGGUAUGUGGCGUAGAUAAGGAAAAUAACUAGAGAGAGAUAAGUAUGGAAAAUUAAAGGACAAAAGGAUAAACAAAGUUUAUUUUUCAUGUAAAAUAUAUUUCACACAAAUAUUAGCAUUUUUCAAAAAUAUAUGUAUUUUUUUUUUUUUCAGGUGAUCAAAAACUGUCAUAUUAGUAAGACUGAUCAAAUGGCUGUUUUAUUAGUCUUAUAG